CUUCGGUACUCGUAUAGAUACUAGAUUACUAAUCUAGUGGGAAAAAUUAGUGAAGUUCAUAACUAAGUAAACUUUGUGAAACGUAUCAAUUUCCUGAAGAUUUUGAGCUUUUAAUAUUUUAUAAGCAACGAUUUCUUUUAAAUAAAUGGCCACUCUUGAGGAUAAGUCUCUUUGGGAAGAUGGAGAGGAAGCCUUGGGUGAAGAUGUUUGGAGAAUGUCUACAGAUGAAAUUGUAUCGCGUACACGUUUAUUAGAUAAUGAAAUAAAAAUUAUGAAAAGCGAAGUAAUGCGUAUUUCUCAUGAACUUCAGGCACAAAAUGACAAAAUUAAAGAGAAUACAGAAAAAAUUAAAGUAAAUAAAACUCUGCCAUAUUUAGUAUCUAAUGUUAUAGAGUUAUUAGACGUGGAUCCUCAAAAUAUGGGAGAAGAAGAUGGAGCAGUUGUCGAUUUAGAUGCACAAAGGAAAGGCAAAUGUGCAGUUAUUAAAACCUCCACUCGUCAAACAUAUUUUCUACCUGUAAUUGGAUUGGUUGAUGCUGAAGCUCUAAAACCUGGCGAUUUAGUUGGUGUCAAUAAAGACAGCUAUCUUGUUCUUGAAACAUUGCCUGCUGAGUAUGAUGCAAGAGUAAAGGCUAUGGAAGUGGAUGAAAGACCUACGGAGCAAUAUUCAGAUAUCGGUGGCUUGGAUAAACAAAUUCAAGAAUUGAUAGAAGCUGUUGUUUUACCUAUGACGCACAAGGAGAAAUUUGAAAAUCUUGGUAUUCAACCUCCCAAAGGUGUAUUGCUGUAUGGACCACCAGGAACUGGUAAAACAUUGUUAGCUAGAGCCUGCGCUGCGCAAACGAAAUCUACUUUCUUGAAAUUAGCUGGGCCUCAACUAGUUCAGAUGUUUAUCGGAGAUGGCGCAAAAUUAGUAAGAGAUGCAUUUUCUCUUGCGAAAGAGAAGGCACCUGCAAUUAUUUUCAUAGAUGAAUUGGACGCAAUUGGAACAAAACGAUUCGAUUCUGAGAAAGCUGGUGACAGAGAAGUACAACGUACUAUGUUGGAAUUAUUGAAUCAAUUGGAUGGAUUUAGUUCUACCGCGGAUAUUAAAGUAAUAGCAGCUACAAACAGGGUAGAUAUUUUAGAUCCAGCUUUACUCAGAUCUGGUCGUUUGGACAGAAAAAUAGAAUUUCCGCAUCCAAACGAAGAGGCUAGAGCUCGUAUUAUGCAAAUUCAUUCGCGAAAAAUGAACAUGUCUCCGGAUGUUAAUUUCGAAGAAUUGUCAAGAUCAACCGACGAUUUCAAUGGUGCCCAGUGUAAAGCUGUUUGUGUGGAAGCGGGUAUGAUAGCGUUAAGACGCAACGCAACAGCAGUUACACACGAAGAUCUAAUGGAAGCUAUUAAUGAAGUUCAGGCAAAGAAGAAGGCUAAUCUCAACUAUUAUGCUUAAUCUGCUUUAUUCAAAGAUUUAUUUAUUAAGAUACAUUCUAUGAUAAAUGACGAUAAGAACUGUAAUAAUUGUAAACGGAACUAAAUUUCAAUAAGAUGAUCUCGUUUGUAAAAUAAAUAGCAACACGAGCAUGUUAAAA